AGCCCUAUUCAUUAUGUACAGCGAAACAUAAAUCAUCACGUUUUUCUUAAAUCAAGAUUUUCUAUACUGUUACUUCGUAUACAAUAUUUUUCAAAUAAAAAAAUUGUUCGUCGCUUCUGUUUUUCAACGUAUACACUCGAAAUUACACGGAGAAUCUGUUCGGUCCGUUGCUAUUCUAAUAUGACGAAUAUUUCGAGAAGGAGAAAAGCCCCAGCAAAACUCAAGAGCAUGGGCAAUCACGACGAGUUUUUGAAUCGUAUAUCGAAAUCACUUUAUUAUUCGAAAUUACCGAUGACCGAUUGUCUCAGCUUGCCUGUUACUGAAUUGGCAGCGGAACUUUUCACAGAAGCUAAGAGCGGUCACACGCUAGAACGACUAGACGUGGAAGAAGCAAGUAGAAUCUCUAGAAAUGCGUGUGUUUCGCCGUGUUCUCUUGUCUUGGCUUUGUUAUACUUGGAAAGAUUGAAAGAUUGUAAUCCGGAAUACUUGCAGCGAGUUGCACCUUCUGAGUUGUUUCUUGUUUCUUUGAUGGUGGCUAGUAAAUUUUUGAACGAUGAAGGAGAAGAAGAUGAAGUUUUCAAUACCGAAUGGGCACAGUCAGGUGAUUUUAGUCUGUCGCAUAUGAAUCAAUUAGAAAAAGAUUUUCUCAAUGCUAUUGAUUGGACCGUCUUUGUUCACAAUCAAGAUUUUUGGGAAAGACUACAGAGACUAGAAAAAGAUAUAGCCUACAAAGAAGCACAAAAAAGGGGCUGGUUCUCGUAUACAGAAUUAAGUUGUCUAAUGAAUUCAAUGCAAUUGUUAACAGUGGCACAUGCGGUGGUAAACGUGUCGUCUAUUUGUUUGGCAACGUACACCGCGGGAAUAGUCACACUGUUGGGUUCCGCUUUAGUUGCUAGCUAUUUCCCAGGAACGAUACUUAGCCCGAGACAAACUACAAAUUCUACGGAUAUUUCGAAAAUAGAUUUGAAUCCAAUAAUGGAUGUCCCGUCUACGGCCAUUGAAAGUGUAUCGGAAAAUGUUUUAGCAACAAAUUUUAUGCCUACUUUGUUGAAUUGCAAUCAAACUCAACAGGAUGGCGAAAAUAUCGAGUCGAAAGAGUUCGUAAACGAGGGCUGGAAGUGGUGGUUAAAUUCCGUUAUGAUCUGGUUACCGGAAUAUUCAGGCUUAGACUCGAAAGAAACAUCGCAUGCGAUAAAAGAUGAAAUUGGACUUACGGACACAUCUAUAACUACGAAAUUUGUACUCGAUGCCACUACCUUAAUACAGGAUACAGAGGAAUUUAUAAUGGAUAUGAAUUGGAAGCAAAUCCUGGGUAUAGAUUUAAAUCUUCGUUUACACGAUUGGAGGUAUUACACGAAUUAUGUUACAAAAAUAACUCUUGGUCAUCAGCACUGAGGAUUGAACAUCUAUAUUUUUAAAAAUUAAUAAAACGUAACGUCUUUAGUAGAAGGAUUUACAAAAAAGGAGUAUAUAUUUUUUGUACUAACUUGUAAACUUACAAAUGACUUCUAUACUAACAAAGUAAUUUUUUCAAUAAAUAAUAUGAUAUAUAUAUAUGUAUA